AGUAGCGACGGUUGUUGUUUUUCUGCGACGGAGGUGCGAGUGGUUAUGAGCAGUCCCAUGGCAUCCAGCUCCAAAGACCGGCCAGUGUCCAGGACUAGCUUCAUCCCAGAACUACAGAGCAUGAUGUUCGCGCUGGGAGACGCUCGCCGGCCUCUGCACGACACGGCCGCUCUGGUGGAGGACAUCGUGCACACGCAGCUCGUUACCAUGCUGCAUCAGGCCAGCGAGGGGGCGUGUCAUCGAGGGUCGAGGGUCAUUUCUGCUGAGGACAUCCUGUUCGUGAUGAGGAGAGACAAGAAGAAGGUGGCGAGGUUACUGAAAUACCUUCAGUUCAGAGAUUAUAAAUCUAAACUGCUCAAAGCUCUUGAGGACGACGACCCGCAGCAGGAAACAGAUAAGGGAGGAGCCACAGGUGGCGUUGCUGGGGGCAACCAGCGGAGGCAGCGAUUGGCCCAGGACUUUCUGGUGUGGAUGGAUCAGACUGGGGAACUGCUGUCAUUGGCCGAGAGACAAGAGGUGGACCCUGUCAAACAGGAGAGGAUGGAGCGAUUGGAGCGUCAGACUCGACUCAUGGACCAGACUCAGUACUCAGACUUCUGUGAGAGUCGACAGCUCAGCUUUGCCAAGAAGGCCUCAAAGUUUCGGGACUGGCUCGACUGCAGCAGCUUGGAGCUGAAGCCAAACAACAUCGCCAUGGAGAUCGUGUCAUACCUGGCCUAUGAGACGGUUGCCCAGAUCGUGGAUUUGUCUCUGCUGGUGAAACAGGAAAUGGCAACGAAGACGAACGCCAUCAGUCAUGUGAUCUCUUCCAGCUUCAUUCACUACACCACACACACUGAGGUCAAAAAGGAUCCAGACUCACCUGAGGCCACUCCACCCUCCACUCCAGGCUCCUCCCACUCAACAAAGCCCCUCCCACAGGGGAACGGCAGUGUGGACGGCCGAGCAAGACAAAGGAAACGCAAAAAGAGCUGUCCAGUUACAGUGGAGCCUCCUUGUGGAGCCAUCCAGCCCUCUCACAUCCGAGAGGCUAUAAGAAGAUACAACUACAGACACACAAGUUCUUACAGGAGGAACGGGAUGUCGUUCCUCGCCUGCUGACGAUCAUCAUCAUCAUCACCUGUACAGAUUGUUUUUGUUCCAUUGCUUUAAUAAAGAGUUUCCAUUAGAAA